AUGCCCAGCGAUUGUUCGUUGCUCCACGACUACACGGAAAUGCAGCUAAAGGCCGUGAUCACCUGCCACUGCACAGUGUUCCCCGCUGAGGACAUCGAGUUGAUGGUCAAGGCCCGACGCAAAAUGUUCGGUGAUAUAUCGACUUUCCAACUGGUUAGUCGCUACUGCAAGACUGCACCUGCUUUGCUCAGAAACUUUAAAGAAAACGCCGAGCUGAUCGGUAACAUGAUGACCAUCUGCUCCAACGCGACCCUCUACUACCUGCCGCUGACGCCGAAUUCGUGA